CCUCUCUCUCAUUCACUCCCACUCUGCAAUCAGCAAUGGAUAACAAGAAUACGAUAUUGAAGAACAGUUCAAUCUAUGGCUGCGGCGACAUGAAGAGAAGCCUAUCUGAAUUUGAUUUUCAACAACUUUUUGGCUCUGAGGACGACAGAAAAAUUCAUCACUUUGAAGGCUAUCAUGCUCUCUUUGCCAUGGACCACACCAAUCAUCUCACCUUCCCUUUCAAGAAUAUGGAAGUCCGUACAGAUCCAUCAACUCCCAACUCGUUAGCAGAGCCGCAGUCUUGGCCUUGGACGCCCAUUGAAUCCCAAUCAUCCAUCUGUGUCGACAGCUCGUAUACCUCAAAGGGUGCGGACAAUCAAGCAGUUGGCGCCAGCAGUGGCUCAUCACAUGACCAAUCCGACGAGGAGGACAUUGAAAUAGAAGCUGGUUCCUAUGAUCACAGCCGGGAACCCCAUUGA